UAAAAGAUAUUAUUAUCAUUUAUAUUCGUAUUAUAAAUUAUAGGUAAAUUCAAAAAAUGAGGAAGUAUUUGAAAUAAGUUCGUAUGAUAAUUAUUAUGAUGAUAUAAAUGAAAAUGAAAUGAUCAAAGUUAAUGAUUUCUUUGAUCCACAUGUAUUAAAAAGAGAUAAAAAUAAAUACAAACCCCUACAUUCUUAUGUGAAACAAUAUAAUCAACGUGUCGCUAAAAGCAAAAUGCAGAUACCCGAUACAUUUUCUUAUUCUCAAUUGAAUAAAGAACAAAUAUUAAAUUUAUUCCAAGAAGAAGAACCACAUAUUGCUGGAUUUAAAAAUGAAAUAAAUAAAAAAUUUCAACAAAGAAGAACGUAAAAUUGCUACCAAAAAGAAGAAAUGCUUUCAAUUUUAUGAAACUAACACGUGCUUCAACACCGUCAUUUAAAAAUGAAAAAGUCUCCAGGGAUAAACAUAAUGAACCAAAUCAUGAUAAUAUACCUGAAAAUUAUAGAAAAUUUAAUUUACUACAGAACUCUAAUUCUCAAGAAGAAGAGUCACCUUUCUUAAGAAUAAGUAUAGAAGAAAUUAACAAAUAUAUAAAUUUAAGUACGACCAUGGAAGACACAAUGGAGCCUACAGAUGAAGACGAUUACGAUUAUGAUGCUUUUAAAAUGGAAUAUGAACAACAAUUUAAAAAAGAUAAAAAAUUAAGCGACAAAUUACAUUACACUCAUACAGAGAAGCAAAUGACAGAAGAACAAAUUAUCAAAAAACCAAUUGAAAAAGUUACAGAUACUACAGAAUAUUGUACAAAGAAAGAUAUGGAUUAUUUUGGUUUCAAAGCUAUAAAAUGUUUAAUAUACAACUACCAACACGUAAAAGACACAACGGAAGCAAAAAGAACAUUAUCAAAAAUGUGGCUAAUGGUCAAAGUAUGGCUGUGCAUUUAUGUUUGUAUUGCAAUUCCAUGUUGGUGCCAAAGAGGAUGGUGUUGUUGGUGGCUUCGUUGUAAAAUGUUCUUUCCCAGAAAAAGAAUAAUAUUUGUAAAACAGUAUUACAUGCGAAAUCCUCCAGGUAUUCUAAUACCAAAACUUUCUAAAAAAAAACCGAUUAAAUACGAACCGUCUGAAUACGAACAAGACAUGUAUGAAAAACUUGAAGCUGCAAUAAGAAAUAUAUAAUACAAAUAACUACAACUGCAGGUAUAUGUAUAAUGCGUAUAAUGAUAUAUAAAAACUUUAUGAAAUAAGUAGUAAUGUUAGUUUAAAUGAAUAAAUAAAUAAAU